CUUCCCCCGCACCCUUCAAUCCUUCAUCAAAGGCUCCCCGCUCACGCCUCCACCCGCCGCCUCGACCCCGACAGAUCCACUCACCAAACCUAUCCUUCCGCGCGGCCGCGGCGUCCUCCUCCUCCACCCGGAGACCCACCCCUCGCUCUCCGGCCAAGCCAAGCUUCACGCCCGGCCGCCGCCAUGAAUCCCUACGCGGACAACCGCUACGCCGACCCUUCCUCCUACCGCGACAGGCGCAGCGACCUGGCUGCGGCCCCUAUACUCGCCCCGCCGGUCCCCGUGGCCGCGAACCCCUACGCCGCCUACACGCCCAUGCCCAUGCCCGCUCCUGCUGGCGGCGACUUCUCGCGUUUUGGGCAAGGCGGCGGCAGAGGGUAUGGUGGAGGCAUGUCCUAUGGGGGUAGAGGCAGAGGCGGCUUUGGCGGUGGACCCGGUGGCUUCCGAGGCGGUGGCAGAGGAGGCAGCAACGGGAGGGAUGGCCUGGACUCGCUCUCCCUGCCCAAGCCGGACUUCAGGGAUCUUAUACCGUUUGAGAAGAGCUUCUACGUUGAGUGCCCGGCCGUGCAGGCUAUGUCGGACAUGGAAGUGGCGCAGUACCGUCAACUCCGGGAUAUCACAGUCGAGGGCAGGGAGGUCCCUAAGCCUAUCCGCUACUUCCAGGAAGCCAACUUUCCAGAUUACUGCAUGCAAGCAAUACUGAAGUCCGGAUUUGUGGAGCCCACUCCUAUUCAGUCUCAGGGUUGGCCAAUGGCUUUGAAGGGCAGGGACGUGAUAGGAAUUGCGGAAACAGGCUCAGGGAAAACACUAUCUUACAUACUCCCUGGGUUGGUUCAUGUUGGUGCACAGCCUCGCCUAGAACAAGGUGAUGGCCCAAUUGUCUUGAUCCUUGCUCCCACAAGAGAACUUGCUGUUCAAAUCCAGGAAGAGUCUACAAAGUUCGGAUCAUACUCAAGAACUAGAAGCACAUGUAUCUAUGGUGGAGCACCUAAGGGACCACAGAUACGUGACCUUAGGAGAGGAGUUGAAAUUGUCAUUGCAACACCGGGUCGGUUGAUCGAUAUGCUGGAAGCUGGUCACACUAACUUACGUAGGGUUACAUACCUUGUCUUGGAUGAGGCAGACCGAAUGCUAGAUAUGGGUUUUGAGCCUCAGAUUCGGAAGAUAGUGGCACAAAUCCGUCCAGACAGGCAAACCUUGUACUGGAGUGCCACGUGGCCGAGAGAAGUUGAAUCCUUGGCUAGACAAUUUCUGCAAAACCCGUACAAGGUAAUGAUUGGAACAGCUGAACUUAAAGCUAACCAUUCCAUACAACAAAUUGUCGAAGUUAUCUCAGAUCAUGAAAAGUAUCCCAGGCUAAGUAAGCUUUUAUCUGAUCUAAUGGAUGGGAGCCGAAUCUUGAUAUUUUUUCAAACAAAAAAGGAAUGUGAUAAGGUCACUCGGCAACUUAGAAUGGAUGGAUGGCCAGCAUUAUCUAUACAUGGUGAUAAAGCUCAGUCUGAAAGGGACUAUGUUCUGUCAGAGUUUAAGAGUGGGAAGAGUCCUAUAAUGGCUGCCACUGACGUAGCGGCACGUGGUCUUGAUGUGAAGGAUAUAAAAUGUGUGAUUAAUUUUGAUUUCCCAACAACUAUCGAGGAUUAUAUUCACAGGAUAGGUCGUACUGGCCGUGCUGGUGCUACUGGGAUGGCAUUUACUUUCUUCACACACUCCAAUUCAAAAUAUUCAAGGAAUCUUGUGAAGAUCUUGCGUGAAGCUGGCCAGGUUGUGAACCCAGCGCUUGAAGCUAUGUCCAAGUCUGCUAAUUCUAUGGGAGGAGGAAGCAAUUUCCGGUCAAGGGGGCGAGGUGGGUUUGGUAACCGUUCUGGAUCAAAUUCUAUCCCAGUGCGGAGAAGAUUCUGAUGCAAAGGAGAAUGACACCAUCCUGAUGGUGCAAAAGACGAGACAAAGUUUUAUCUGUAUACAAUUAGGCAUUAAAUGCAUUUUUGGUGGGAGUUCCUUUGAAAUCCCCACUACUGCUAGAUUGAAACCAAGUCUGUUCUUAAUACCUUGUACCAGAGCUAUGAAGCCAUGUCAUAUGAAUGACAAACAUUUAUCAGCAACUCAUCAUAUGUAUUUGAGUAAGUUUACCUUUGGAAAAAUGGUUUGCCUGCCUUAACGUUUACAGCUA